AUGAUAAUCUUCGUCUUAGUAGUAACUCCUGCUCAUCUAGCAUCACGUGAAACUCUAAAUAGUCUAUCAAGUAUCACAAUGUCAAAUACUGGUAGUCAUCUUAUGUCAACAUUGAAUCCAAAUCAUUUAUCCGACAAUACUGGAUCAUAUUUUGUGUCAGGUUUAAGUGAUCUAGCAUCAAAUUACAAAUUAAACCCAUCAUCAAAUACUGAUUUGCCAUCACCUUCAUCUUCCUCUAACUCUUCAAAUCCUCCAUCGUCAAGUCAACAUCAUCAUCUUCAUUCACAUCUACAUCAUCCAACACGACGACAUGGAGAAGGUAAUGAUCCAACACGCAAACGAGAAAUGCGUCUACAAAAGAAUCGUGAAGCAGCACGUGAAUGUCGCCGUAAAAAGAAAGAAUAUAUAAAAUGCCUCGAAGAACGUGUUGCUGUACUUGAAAAUCAAAAUAAGGCAUUAAUCGAAGAAUUAAGACAAUUAAAAGAACUUUAUUGUCAACGAGAAGAAACAAAUAAUAAAAAUAAUUCAAAAACUACAACAACAUCAACAGUCCGUUAG